AUGCCACAACAGAACGCGCUGACUCGGUUAAAUAUAUACUGCCCGCAAUUCGUAGCCCAGUAUACAAAGCCCAUGUUGAACGUCAGUCUUUUGUGCCUUCAGGCGGCGGACCCUGCUUUGCAGCUGGAAAAUGAAUGCACUGCAAUAUAUAAGGAAGACUGCCAGAAUUACAUUCGAGCACUCGUAAAGACGAAGCCAGAGGAGUUACUUGUGUGUGGCACCCACGCCUUCAAGCCUCUAUGCAGGACCUACCUGCUUCCAAAUAAAAAUAAUUCAACUGUGUUAGAUUGUACUACCGACAUACUCAAAUGCAGUUUCUAA